UUAUUUGUCACUAUUGUCGUACUAAGCAAGUGCGUGUUGUGCGUGCAGAGGGCCUGGUCCCGCGGCGCGAGUCCCCGCUGGUGGUGAUCCUGCGCGCGGCGCCGCUGAGCGAGGGCGAGCUGCGCGACGCGGCGCUGCCGGCGCUGGGGCUGCUGCGCGCGCUGCACGCGCUGUGCCGCCACUGGCACACGCUGUACCGCGCCGCCUGCCUGCCCGACCACCGCCCGCUCGUGCCCAACGCAGAGUUCAUCAACGCCAAGCUCGCCGCUAAAGCCAACCGUCAACUCCAAGACCCACUCGUCAUAAUGACAGGAAAUCUCCCUCCAUGGCUGAAGAAAAUUGCCUAUGCAUGCCCGUUCGUAUUGCCGUUCGAGUGCCGACACCUAUUGUUCUACGUAGUAUCGUUUGACCGCGACCGCGCGCUGCAACGCCUUCUGGAAGCAGGCGGCGAGCGCGGCGGAGGCGGCGCCGCCGGCGGGGCUGACGAGCGCGUCGCGCCGCGGCUAGACCGCCGCAAGCGCACUGUACAGCGGCACAAUGUACUGAGACAGGCUGAACACGUCAUGCAUGAGUUCGCGCACUCCAAGGCUUUGCUGGAAAUCCAAUACGAAAAUGAAGUGGGAACCGGUCUCGGACCCACACUCGAGUUCUACGCGCUCGUAUCUCAGGAGCUGCAGCGCGCCGACCUAGAUCUCUGGCACGGCAGUGAGAACUUUAAACAGAAGCCCACGUCUUUCGGCGGAGAGAUCGUGAAGAGCCAGCCGCCGGUGGUGACCGACCGAUCGGCGGACGCGGCGGCGCGGCUCGCGUCCUCCGUGCGGGACGCGCUCAACCUGGACGAGGAGCGCGCGCCCGAGCCCUCCGACCUCGAGAAGGAGACGUCCAUCCCAUCUCCCGCGCCCGACGCCACCUACGUGUCGUGGCCCUGCGGCCUGUUCCCGCAGGCUGUCGGCCGCAACGCCAGAGCCUCGCAUGUAUCUCGUGCUAAGGCCAAAUUCCGAUUCCUGGGGAAGUUCAUGGCUAAAGCUGUCAUGGAUUCUAGGAUGGUGGACAUUCCGCUGUCGGUGUCAAUGUACCGCUGGCUGGUGAGCGAGGAGAAGUGGUUGUCUCUGAGUGACGUGCGGCACGUGGCGCCGGAGCUGUGGCGCUCUCUGUGUCGCCUGCGCCGCGUGGCCGAGCGCGCACGCGUAAUCGCGCUUGACUCGCGCCAGAGCGCCGAACAGAAGACGCAACUGAUAAGUGGGCUCGAGCUGGAUGGCUGUCCUAUCGAGGAGCUGGGCUUGGACUUCAUCCUGCCGGGCGACGGCUGCACGGAGCUGCGACGCGGCGGCCGCGACCUGCCCGUCACCGCGCACAACCUGCACAACUACAUUGAUCUCGUUACUCACUGGCUGCUCUAUGAGGGUGUGACCAAACAAAUGGAAGCAUUCCGCGAAGGAUUCGAAUCAGUAUUCCCACUAGCCAACCUUAAAAUAUUCUACCCUGAAGAAAUGGAACAAGUAUUCUGUGGUAGUCCCUCUGGAGGGCGUGACCAGCGCUGGGAGCCGCGCAUGCUCGCCGAGUGCAUCCGCCCCGACCACGGGUACAACGCCGAGUCGCGCGCAAUACGCAUGCUCAUCGACAUAUUAGCCUCAUAUAACCGCGAGGAGCAGCGUCUAUUCUUGCAAUUCGUGACCGGAAGCCCGAGGUUGCCCACUGGAGGUUUCAAGGCGCUGAAUCCGCCGUUGACGGUGGUGCGCAAGUCGCUGGAGUCGUCGCUGGACCCCGACGAGUACCUGCCGUCGGUGAUGACGUGCGUGAACUACCUGAAGCUGCCGGACUACACCAGCGCCGAGGUGAUGCGCGGCAAGCUGCGGCUGGCCGCCUCCGAGGGCCAGCACUCCUUCCACCUGUCGUGAACGCCCCGUCGUGUCGCCAUCUCCCCCACUACUGUGAUUUCUUAUCGACCCCUGAGUUGUUUGUAUACAUGUGUGAAUGCGGUUAGUGAUACCUAUAAUAAUUGUGUUACGACGGUGCGCACGCUCCGGACGACUGCUGUUUAUGUGCAAUCAAAGUGAUUUUAUUAACCUUAAUGUGACAGACACUUAAAGUGCUGUGCGUUCUAUAGUUUUGUUUUUCUUUGGAUUCUUUUUAGAUUACAGACAUAUGUUUAUAUUAUAUUUUGUGUUAAUUUAAUGUGAUAACUUUGUAUAUUACUUUCUCUGUGCAUCAGAGACUCUCAGUAUAGAAGCUUAUAUGGUGAAUAUGUAUCAUGGAUGGAUUUUGUUGGCUUGAUUGUAUGGAGACAACACUGCUCGAGUCGGUGUUGCGCCGCUAGCCACGGGACUGACCAUCCAUGCUGCCGAGUUUGCUAAACCUACAUGAUAGAGAGUGCCCAUAAGUUUUCAAUUCGCGAGAUACUUCUCGAAUACCACCUGCAGUUGAUUAUUUCUGAUUAGAUUGGCACAUCAUUUAUAUUUAAGCUAUUUGAAGGACCAUUAAAACUUAUUUGAGUGUCCUAUAAAUUAUAAUAGCAUUUAUUACCAAACGGUGUAUGUUUUAAGUAUCAUAAAUGAGUAAAGAAAAAGUGCAAAAUUUAAUAUGUAACAAUUUCAAUAAAACCAUGUAAACAAUAUUGAUCAA